AAAACUAUGAUUCUCUUCGCUAGCUACACAACAAUCAAUGUGAUUGUGAAUAGAACCUCGACUUCUUCUAGAUUAGGCAUAAUCUAGAUGUAGAGCUAGAUCUAGAUCUAUGUGGACUCUAGGCCUAGAUUUAAUUUCACACAAUAGAGUGACCAAGUAUUAGUUUUAUUUUAAUGAAAAUCUAGAUAAAUCUAAAAUCUAAAGUACUGAGUGUGAGGAAUACUGAUGACAAAAGGCAUUGCGGUUUUUCCUGUAUCACAAAAAACUUUUCAUCAGUCCAAGACACGAAGAUGUUUGUUCUGGUUCAGAUGAAAGACACUGUCCGAAUUCUUCCUCGUUUAUUCCACCUGGACACCAUGGAUGCUAUUCGAGAAGCUCUAAAUAAAAAGUUUGCUAAUAAAGUGGUUUAUAAUGUUGGGCUUUGUAUAGCAUUAUGGGAUGUUGAAAAGGUGGAAGACAGUUACAUUUUCCCUGGUGAUGGAGCUACCCACACUAUUGUACAUUUCAGAUUUGUUGUGUUUCGGCCAUUUAUUGAUGAGAUUCUAGUUGGGAGAAUAAAAAGUAGUAACAAAGAUGGUGUUCAUGUGAGUAUGGGAUUUUUUGAUGACAUUGUCAUUCCUUCAGAUUCACUACAGCAGCCUUCAAAAUUCAACGAACAAGAACAGUUAUGGAGCUGGGAGUAUGAAGCACCAGAAGAAGGAAAGGUUGAUCUACCUCUAGAGAUUGGAGGUGACAUCAGGUUUCGUGUUGUUGACGAGACAUUCGUGGACACAACACCCUCGGGACCUGAGGACAAAAGCAUGCAGCCCCCCUCCAGUACUGCCUCAGGGAACCCCUUACCCAUAUCAGAUCCCAGCACAAAGAAAGCCCCAUACACCUUGCUGGGCUCUAUCAGUGAAAUGGGUCUGGGAAUGCUGUCUUGGUGGAACGCUGGAUGACAAAUGUCCACAUUUUAUUAUCUCCCUUGUCUCAUGCUCUUCUAACAUUGGUGGCAAAAAAUAAUGUAACUUAUUAUUUAUUUAUUAAUCAUGGGAGAUGUUAAGACAUGAAGCCAUUUAUUUGACUGCUGCUGACUGUUGUACAAUAGUGUGGUACAGGGUGAACUAGUCUAGUAGUGGUGAACUUUUACUGCUAGCUGAUGGUAUGUUGUUCGAGUUCAUGUACGCAAUGCUGUUUUAUUUGUUAUAUUUUAUAUGAUGGUAUAUUAUUAACAUGCACAUGUUAUAAAUAAAUGU